UUUUUAUAAGUAUAUGGUGUUGUAAAAUUUGUACAUAAUGGCAUUCAACUUCGAUAGUGGUCAGUUCAACAGGGAAUCCACUCCAAAGCGCCUCGGUAACUGGCAAGUGCCACGCUGGGCGCCGACGAGAGCCCGCCCCUUGGAGAUGAGGCCGGACCCCAAGCCAAUAUGCGACAUCAAUGGACACUUCCUACCCGGCGCGCCGCGCGGCACUUCGAGGUGCUUCGGGCACUUCACAGGCACUUGGGAGUUGCCUAGGAAGAUCACCAGGAAAGUCGCCGAGGAGUUAGCCCGCGAGCCACCCGCCGGCAGAUUUCCAGAUUGGCUAAACCUCCGCGUGCAGAGGCCCAAGGCGGCCGCAGCGGCAGCAGCGCGCAUGCGCUCCGGCAAGCGCUCCAAGAAGGACGAACAGAAAACACCUGAGCCCGCGGAGACCUUCCAAGAUUCUCAAAAGGAUAUUAACGAUAACUAUACUGAAACUGAACAGCCAGAUAAACAAGACACAGAUCAUGGGGAGGAUAAAAGAAAUGACAAUGAUCCUCUGGAUCUGAAUAAGACAUUACAACCAGUUGAUGCAGAUGGCCACGGGCCUUACGUGCCUGGAGCAUUAACAGCUCCCGAAAAAAGACACGAUAACUACGAUCUUCUAGUUAAAGAGGCCGUUGAAGAAAUCCACGGGCCGCAACAAGACAAAACAGAAAAAUUCUGGAAGAACGUUGCUAAAAAUGCUAAAGAUGUUGAGAUUGAGACUAUGAAAUUUAAAGUUAAGAGUGAAACUCCAAAACUACCCGCUGUUAACGUAUCUCAAAACUUUAAUUUCGCUAGAAAAAUGCACGUUGGCAAUUUAGAGCACCAGCCUCUGCCUGACACGUUAGGCUAUCGCAACAUGACCAAAAUCGGGGAGCAUAGAGAUUCUGACAUAAUAGUUAAACCUUAUGCUAUAGGAUGGAAAGGAUACGGCGCCUCUGGACCUACAUGUUGCACUAAAAUGCGCGUUCAUAGACCUAAGACUUGCGAUCCAAAGAAAACUGAUUCCGACAAGGAUGAAGCGAAACAAAGACCUGUAACAUCUGCUCCCGACUUAGGAUCACAGUCUAAAAAACCGAUGUCUCUCAUGGACCUCGCCAUUUGCUGGGACUUUAGACCCGAAGAUCCUAAGAGAGAGCCGAAACCCCCAAAACACAUAGACGGUUCAAACGGUUCAAAAGCGCCAGCUGUUUUUACAAUGGUACACACGCCAAAAGAAGUGCCCGAGGAACCAAUUAAAAGCGGCCAUUCAAAUCCCAUUUUUAAUGAAAACCGAUUCGUUCAGGAUAUCGGUCGUCACCCGGUGCCAUAUUUUGAAAAAGAUAUGACGAAAUCUAAGAGAAAGGAUUCCUGUGAAGUUCAGUACUGUCCGCAACAUAACGGCCAUGUAAGAGAAAUAAGGUCCAAUUCUUCUAGCAGGCGAAAUUCCCCUCCCACGCCAACCAAACCUCCGUGCGAUGGUAUUCAUGGGUGUGGAACUCCAAGCUCUCUUAGUCGAAAAUCUAGCCACGAUAACAACAGCCAAGACAAAAUACGGCAGGUUAAAGAAGCUUGGAAUGAUGAUGACGUAGAUAAAAAGAAAAAUAAACAAUACGACGUUAAUCGAAAUCGUAAUAGCUUAGAAUCGUAUGAAAAGGCUCCUCUAGCCCAAGGUAAACUGAAACAGAGCACACCGGAAGAUUCAAUGCUCUCAAGACGCUCCACAAAAGAUAACAAUAUGCCUAACGGUAACGGAAAGCAUAAGCACUGUAUAUCCUGCAAUGGGACUAAAAUUCCGCACGACAUAAAGCAGAAAGAGGACUAUAAGUUUGCCUUCAAAGCUGGCAACCCAAAUUCUGUUCAGAGUGGAAGCACGUCUCACGAUUCAAAGAGCAUAAAGAUCCCAAAAAUGCGCCAUCCGUACACGAAGAAAUCUUAUACGAUUCCUACUCUCGCUCCUCCAUUCAGCAUAUGGCGCGACGCUAAUGCUACGGGAUACCCUGAGCACUGGAGACUAGCCAGUGUAUACCAACACGCUUACAACAAGCCACCGGAGCAGAGAAGAAAACCACUUAUAUCUAGCGUGUAUCAGUGAAAACGCUCUAAACCACGUAACACACAUGCAUUUAUAAAAUUUAUUGGGUCCAAUAUUGGCAUUUAUGUAACAAUGUAACCCUUAGACUGCAUUAAA